UGUAGGAGUAUUACCAAAUUCAAACAGGUGUCUGUUGCCACAUCGCGGGAUGUUCCCAUAAAAGAACUAUUAAUUGCAAGCGAUAAAUGGUAUAAGUGAAUAUUCUACCAUUGGCUGAGUUUCAUAAAUUAAAAGUGCAGUGGAUUACCCCUUGAAAACAUAUGAAAUCCGAGACGAUCGUCAGUUGGUGGGUGUUCGUUGAUGCAUAUCAAAGUUGUAGUCUUACCAAGAGCUCGAAAAAACAAGAAACCCCCGAGACGAGAGGUCCGAAACAAUGCUCAAAGCCACGAGGAAGCCAGCGGAUCCAUACAAAUCGAAGCUGAAAGUUAGUGCCAGCCACAGUGGACCGCAUCCACUGCCCGUCGAGCUGGCGGAGGAGGAGGAGGAGCAGGCCUCCACCAGUGGCCAGACAUCCCCCCAAAAGCUCAGUCUGAAGGGUAGCCAACUGGGGGGCAGCAUCUUGAUUGGCAACUACAACUACUUGACCCAGCUGGAGGUAUGCGAAAACGAAAUGGAGGUCUUGGAUCUCAGUUCACUGGCUCAACUGGAGACGCUCAAGUGCAGUCGAAACAAGCUGAUGGAACUCAUCAUAAAUGCCACCAAUCUACAGACACUUGUAGCCGACCAAAAUUACCUGCACAACAUCUCCACAACGAACACCCAUCCGGUUCCGCUGAAGCUGCAGCGCAUUGACAUCUCGCACAACAACUUCGGUGAGCUGCCCAACUGGAUCGGAGCAUGUGCAUCCUUGUCCGCCCUGGACGCUUCGCACAAUCGCCUCGCCAAUGUGACGGGACUGCUGCGCAACUACAGGAUCAAUCAGUUGGUAUCCUUAAACCUGGCAUACAACGAUCUAAGGCAGCUGGACCAGUUGCCGGAGGCCUUUGCCAGUCUCCGGAGUCUCCAGCUGCAGAGCAAUGAGCUACCGAGUCUUCCGGACAACUUCUUCGCCGUGACCUAUGCCCGACUGGAAACGCUGAAUGCCUCCUGCAACAAGUUGGCCACUUUGCCGCGCUACGAGCAAAAUAAUCAUGCUGCCCUGGUGAAUCUCUCGCUGGCGGGGAAUCAACUUAACGACAGUAUAUUUGAGCCAUUGCACAAUGCCGCCAAAUUGAGGGUCCUUCAUUUGGCCUACAAUCGCAUUGGGGUUCUGCCCGCCGCCUGCGUCCGCAACUGGCCGGAACUGGAGAUCCUAGUAAUGUCCGGCAAUAUGCUGCAACAGCUGCCCGAGGAGGUGGCCACUCUGGGCCAGCUGAGGGUGCUCCGCUGCUGCAACAAUCUACUGCUCUGCACCCCCCAACUGGCCAAAUUGGGAAUGCUCAAGGUGCUGGAUCUCUCGCACAAUCAUCUGGAUCGAGUCAAUCUGCUGGCAUUGGUUCCCUCGAGGAAUCUCAAGUACCUGGACCUGUCGGGGAAUCUGCAGUUGCAGGUGGACGAGCAGCAGUUCAAGGUCUGCCAGACCCAAAGCCAGCGACACUGGAGCCUUAUAGACGUAUCCGGCAACAACAGAGCCGCCCUGCCCACCACCACCCUUCGGCAGGUGAAUGCCCAACGGGGUCAGAACAAGACGACGGGACCCUGGACCAUGGGUUUUGCAGAGACUCCGGGAUCUGGAGAUUGCCGCAAGCUUUCGGUCUGCCAGCUGCGAGCGGCCGACUACGGAGGUGCCGAUGAAGCCCUCUACGGGAUGUUCGAGGCGAUGGAGGGACAUGGCCGGGUGGCUCAGGAAAUGGCCCAUCUAGUGCCCGAACUGAUGAAGCAGGAGCAGUUGGUCAAGGACUCGGCGGUGAGGGAUUACAUGAAGUUCACCCUGCUGGCGGCGCAGCAGCAAUGUGGCAGUGUACGAAGUGCCGCCUUGUUCCAUCUCACCAGGACACGGGCUCCGUCGAAGGUGAGACCGCUGAAGAGCAAGCGCUAUGUGCUGCGCAUGGCCAGCACGGGAUGUUUGGACGCCUAUCUGAUACGCCGCACCUCCCAGUUGCGAUUGACUGAAUCGGAAGCCAUCCAAAAGGAUCAGAGUGUUUCCUUGGUGAUGCCAGAUCCCAACGUUUUAGAGCUCACCCUCAGCAACGAUGACGAGUACCUGGUAGUGGGCAAUGCCCAGCUCUGGUCAGUGAUGGACAUUGAUCGCGCUGCCCGAGAGAUCCGAAAGGAGGAGAAUGCCCUGCUUGCGGCCAAGCGACUGGUGGACAUUGCCCAGAGCUUUGCGGCGGCGGAGAAUCUCAGUGUGAUUGUUGUGCGUUUCCGGCAUCUGGGCACCGACGUGGACCAUCUCAUCCGGGAGCUGAAGCAGAGUGUGCGCAAGAAGCCUCAGCCGGUGUCCCUGCCCUCGUCCAGUGGAUCCGUUUGCAAGCGCACCUGCUGCGAUCGAAGCAACGCAUGUCGCCACCGGGCCAUCGAACAGGAGCCGCUGGCAGGACGAUCCUCGCCGAGUGGACAGAGCGAUCGCGAUCUGUUGGCCAAGGACAAGGACGAUGAGUUCGUCCUGGCCCAUGCCCGCGUCCUGCAGGAGGAGCAACAACUGGAGAUGCUGGACGAAACGGAAUCGGUACUCUCCGAGGAACAGUUCAAGUGCUGGGAGUACAUGUUGGAGCAGAAUACCCAACUGUUGUUCGACAAGGAACUGAACACCAUUUCCAAGUCAUUCACGAAACAGCGAACCGUUCCCAAUGCCAUUAUGGCAGCUCCUGCUGCUCCGGAUCGCAACGAUUUCACCUCGAAUCUGAUGCGCAGUGUCACCAACAAGUUCAUCUCGUCUAGCACUCCGCAAUUGCCCCAGCCACUGGGCUCCCCCAUAGCGAAUUCCGUGCCCCUGGGAUCAUAUCAACAGGUGAAGCAGCCGGUUCCCGGACACUUUGGCAGUGCCCUGUCCUUUCAGCAGGCCCAGAGUUACGGUUACAAUUUGUUCGAUGCCAAGCAGCGACCCAAGUUUACCGGAAACAAUGCAAAACGCUCCGGAGGACCGAAUUCCGCCUACUUUGGGUCACUUCAGCGACUGAUGCCCUAUAACUUUGAGUAUGAUUUUGCCGUGACCCAGGAGCGGGAGAGGAACAUCCUGGACGAGGAGGACCAGGACGAUGAUGAGUUCAACGAGCACGAGAGUCGCAUGCGAAAAUACUGGGGAGUGGCCACCACGGAACUCUAGAGUCUAGAGUAAGGAAUAUUUUCACCAGGGUAUUUACCAUAAGUUCAACUGUACAACUUUUAUUAGUUUUUAUAGCGUUAAAAAGCAGACUUGGGAGUCUUCA